CAUCAUUAAAGAUCGCAAUUGUUCAGAUACACUCACAGAUACAAGACCACGAUCAUCUCAUCUUAUUGUGUGGCUCAGCUUGUGUAAAAUAGUCCGUAUCCUGAGCCCGAGGCCUUCCAUUCAUAGGAGAGAUGUCAUCGCAAUCAUCCCAAGCCGACCAACAACAGCAGUCAUCACAGCCAGGGCAACCCAAUGCUUGGGAGAAAGCGGAGCGCAAAUUUGCCAAUAAACAUGCGAGUGAAUACUAUGACCCAUGCCAGGAUUUCGCAGAUCGAAGUCUCAAGUGCAUGAAGCGGAACGCCUUUGACAAAGAUAUGUGUGGAGACUACUUCCAAGCCUAUCGUGACUGCAAAAAGGAAUGGUUGACCCAGAAGAAGCUCAACUAGUCACCUGUCCUGGUAUCAGGGGAGAGCGGCUCCAGCGCUGUCGAUGAUGCCACCUCUGCACCACCGCUCUAGAGCUCUGGGAUGCAGUAUAGCGGGAUAAUUCCCUCGCCAACAGUCAAACAUUAUGAACUUUGGCAUCCUAUCGGUUUCCCAGGGCAGAUAUCACUGGUCCUGAAGAUGCAGGUAAUACCUGAAGAUCGGAUUCGUUCUCUCCAACUCAAGUCAGGCGUUAGAGGUCCUAUUGGCAGGAACGGAUUCGCUGUGGUGCUUUGUUAUGCAACUGCGUACCUACUGUACGCUCAGGCGAGACCUUCAGUCCAUUUGGGGCAGGCUUACAAGAGUCGACUGUUUCGAAUUAGGGGUGUUUAACCGGAGUUUGCGCUUUGGAGUUCGAGCGAAGUUUUUGAACUUGUAUAUUAUCGUGUAUUGUACUACUGUGGAAU